CACUUUAACGGCAUUUUGAAGCCGAAAUGUCGAUUAAAAAAGAUACUGACAUUGUUUCAAACAAAUAUGCAUACAGGAACACAAUCCACGAAUCUCAGCCGAUUUCACCACCAUAUGGCAAGAACAAAUAUUUGCCUAAAUUAGAGAAUAUGUGGACUACCACUACUACAUCCGAAGGUACCACGUCAAUAGACCUCGAUCCAAUACUAUCCCGGCACAUGCACGAAAGCUAUCGUCAUUUUGCAACGACCGCUGAAUUGCCUCUAAAUCACAUAUCGCACAGGACUCAAGUGGAUCCUCCGAAUCACACGGAUAUGCGAUUGCACGAGCAUCAGCUGACGGCACAUCAUGCUUAUCCACAUCAGAAUUAUAUCUCCCAACAGCAACACCAAUUAUACCGUCAACAACAUCGAUAUUUGCACACUCAUAAUCACCAUCUUUUGUCAUAUGCAGCGCAACAAUUAGAUGUCAACAGCAGCAGCGGUGGUACACAAACACCUGGGAUCGUACCUUUUAUGCCUAGUCAAGAGAACUUUCUAAAUAACCCCGAUAAACGGUGCUUUAAUCCCUUGAAAAAUGGUAAGAAGAACCUUGAGGUACAUACAACAUCGCACAUAUCUGCAAAAGGUGAAAAUCAAUAUAUUUCAUUUGUGGAUUCUGAAGCACUACGACCAAAGGGGACACAAAUAAAAUACAUGUCGGAAGAAGCAAAUACUGAAAAGAACACAAGUUCUGUACUUGGUGACGAGAACACAUGUGAACAGAGAACCGAAUGUGAAGGUGAACAAAACAAUAACCCAAUUUUAUCAAACGAUGGCCCAAAGGUAAAAGGCUAAAGUUCUCGGAAAUAAUGUAGAAAAAAUAUACACUUUCUAUUGGACCAAUCACACUUAAUGGGUUACUCACUUUGAAUAAUAUCUCCGAAUUUAUAUCCAAACACACGCGCUCGUCUCGUUGUUAUAUAAAUUCAAUUUAAGACAAGAAGAAGAGAACUUUGUACGGU